AUGUUCGGGGUUGCUUCUCUUCUUACCCUAAUGGGUACUAUGCUGUCAACUACUACAGAGGCCAAGGUCGCAUGCAACCAAGCAUCGCUCAACACCACCCGCUUCAACUAUGUCAAUGAUAUCGAGAACCAGACCGUUCAUGCUAUCGCUCGCAAGUUCAACCGCGGUGUCUGCGAUAUUGGUCGCGCCAACCUUAUGGUUGAUGUAUCUGUUGUACCCAACGUUGGCCAGACCAUCAUCAUUCCCGGUCAAGUAUGUAACCCAGACUGGACCACAUGCAUCAUCGAUGGACCCGGUACCAACGAGUGUCUCAUUGGAGGCCCCCGUCUGUACUACACGUUGAACGGCGACACCAUGUGGAAGAUUGCCGGUCGUCUCAACAUGACCCUCGACGCAGUCCGCUGUGGUGGUGACAGCUGCGAAACAAACGUCACCUGCACCAACGGCAUCUGUCCCGGCGGCGGCGGCGCUCAAUACACUGCCAACGAGACCAUUGCCGCUGGUCAAUUCAUCAAGAUCCCCAUGUGCCACCCCAGUACAUGCGAUAUCGAGCCUUAUUCAUUCAGCCACGGAGUCUACAAGGAUCUUGCGGACAAGUUCAGCUCCACCGUUGGUCAGAUCCAGAUGAUGAGCCCUACAUACAACUACUCGUACAUUGCCAACGAGGGCGGCACUUAUCCUCCAAUCGGGGUCGUGAAGAACUGCCGUCUAUUGUCCCCCAACUAUACGGUUCUGAGCUGA